CAUAUCAAUUACAAGGCGAAAAAGAUAUGAAGUAAAUAAACAAAUAAAAAAUUACAAAAAAAAAAGAUUGUUGUAAGAAAAUUGUGUGGAAAUAAGUACGUAAUUAAACACCUUCGAUGAAUUCCAAGGAACUUUAUUCAAUACGGGAAUGGGCACCUCUAACAGAUAUAAUGGAAAAGAUUCCUGGUCGUAUCGCACGGGCUCUCAGCAUUUUUCCAUCCGAUUUGAAUAUCACUUGUGUCGAUGCAAUUUCCGAAUAUAUAGCACUAGGUAGUGAUGCUGGGAUCGUUUUUUGGUAUGACCGGUACACCGGCGAAUUACAGAAGCUGCGCACAGAGUUUUCCUCACGUAUCACCUGUGUUAGAAUCGUCGAUUCCGUGGAGUAUAUGGUGGCAGCAGGCAAUAAUAGCGGUCAAGUUAGUGUUUUUCAAAUUCAAAAACAACUUCCGGCAGAUCUGAAUUUAAUAGUGCCUAGUGCUAGAGUCAAGCCUAUAGAGCGAUAUAAUAUACGUGAUCUACACACCUGCGCAAUUAGCUGUGUGGAAUGGUCAAAAAAUGGCAUGAAACUUUAUUCCGGCGAUCGACAAGGCAUAAUAGUACGAACCGAAUUUGAUUUCAAUGCUCACCUCAGUAAAUCGACCGAAAUACUUAGCGAAACAUAUGAAAUCGUACAACUAAGCGUUUGUCAGAGCUAUUUAUUGGUAUCGACACUUUAUCGUUCGGUGGUGUGCCAGCUUAACGCUGUAACUGGGCAUUGGCAAGUAACGCAAGUGGGCAAGAAAGAUCGAAAAGUGCUCUCAGACUGCGGUGGUAUAUUCCUUAAGCAACAGACCAACCGUCCAUCAUUGAUAUGCGGGCGUCCGGGUUUGCGCUUUUGGAUGGCCGAUGUUGAGGGAAAUGUACAAAAAACUCUACUCUUUCGUGAGGCUGUGGCACGAAGUCCUACUUGGGAAAUACCCAUACUAAAUCCUAAAUUAAUAGAUUGGCAAAGGCAUACAUCACCUAAUGUAAACGAUGUAGAUGAUGGUGAGGAAAUGAAUAGAAACUUUGGUGCAAUACAAUUGUAUGCUAGCCAGGAUGUGCUUAUCGUUACACAUGAUGAGUCUACUUUGUAUAUAUUGAAUUUGGAUCGUCUACGUGUUGAGGCUGUCGCCCGAGGUUUCCGUAAAAUACUAGACUUUUGCGUAUGCGGCAAAGAAAUUUUCAUUUUAGAAGGAUCACGUUCACUGUUGCGACUGGCACCUAUGCCGGAAAAGCCAAACAAAACUGCCAAAAUUAUUUUUAAUCCUUCAAUGCCACCACCAGUACCCAUGCUGGGUGCUACAAUUGCUGGUGCUCUCGAAUUACCUGCAGAGUCAUUUGAACCGCCAGAGCAACCGUUGGGUAAGGCUGAAGAGUGUUUUGAAUUGCCACCUGUUGAGGUGCUCAAUUUGAAUGUGCCCAUUGAAUUGGCUGUAGAAUCACCACGUGCCGAACAAAAUCGCCGUUUGGAAAUAUUUAAUCAAAUAUCUGAAAUGGAUUUCGAUCAAUCUAUACUAUAUCACAGUGGUAUAACGCAAAGUGGUGGUGGUCGAAAGAAACGUUCACGCCAUAGCCAAGAACGAGAGAAUAAUGCUAGCAGCAGUGGUAGUAGUAAUCAAGCUGCAAUUUCAACAAAAUCUCAAGGCAUUGUUGAAAUUGGUCGCGUUGUAGAACCAGAAACUGAAUUGGAAACUACAGCAAAAACAUUAACGGCCGUCGAAGUUACAGAGUUGCCAAAAAGUGAAAAGCAAACUACCACCACUAAAUCGACACUGAUGAAUAGCAGUUUUUGUACGCCUGCAGUGGUAAAAGGCAAGGAAAAUGAUGAAAUUAGCAAAUCAAUUGCAACAGUCAAUCACAAAUCAAAAUGCGGCUCGCUCUCCACACCAUUAUCACCUGCCUCACCUGAAUGCAGGCUCAACAAACAACAAAACCACUUAAAGCCCAAAAGUCUAGCUGAUGAACUUAAUUUAGCUGGUAUAUCAUUGGGUCCAAAACAAUCUAGUUUGGAUUCCACAUCACCAUCGCCAACACAUAAUUUUCCCGCUGCACCAGCAUCAACACCCACACCAACGCCACUCAAAGAGCUCGCACAAGCUUACCCAAAACAAACGAAAGUCGAAGAUGCUGGCGUGCAAACAACACCACGUAAAAAGCUAUACUAUCUGGAGGACGAUGAUGAUGAUGCUGAUGAUGCUGACGGCGAGGGCAAUAUGUUUACCGAUUAUAGUGCUGGUCAACCAGUUGAUGAACUUUAUCAUGCCGCUUUGCGUACUGCCACAUUGGUGGAAGAGUAUGAGCCGGACGGUGAACAAGCGACAGCGUCUAAACAGGGUGCAGCUGCAAUGCAUUUAAAAUUUGUUUCCACACAACCAUUGAAUGAAGAUAUUAGUAGUUUUCUGCCAGAUUUUCGACGUGCCUGCGACCCUUGUGCCACGCCGCCGAUGGCACAACACAAAACUCCCCCACCUUCAGCGGAUUCCAAUGGUAGUUCCAGUGAAUGGGAGUUUCUAGACAACUGAAUAGUAUUGUCAAUUUAAAGAAAAAUACGAUCAUUCCUUAAAGGAUUUCGCCAACCCUAUCUAAUCAUCAAACUAAUAACACAUCACAUACAUACAUAUGAAAAGUUCAAAAAACCGUUUUUGACUUCAAAAUCGCCGUGGAACCUAUCAUACAUAAAUAUCAAUGUUGCACGUAAAGAGACAUCGCAUUGGCGUAUUUGCAAAUUUUUAAAUAACCUACAUAUGUAUUAUAUAUUGUAAAAAAUUAUUUUAAAACCAUUAUUAGUAUUUUAGUAUUUUUUUUUUUCGUUGCAAAAUUGUUGCUUAUUAUCAAAACGUUUUUGUUGGCAAUUUUUAAUUUUAAGCCAUGCAAGUAUGUAUGAAAUACAACUCAAUUAUGCAUUU